AUGAGUCUCGCCACUCAAAACACUAACAACGACCAGGAGGUCAUCCUUGUCACCGGGGGCGCCGGUUUCAUUGGCUCUCACACUGUUGUCCAGCUCCUCUCCCUGGGCAAGCGCCUGGUCAUCAUUGACAACCUCUGCAACUCGUCCGAGGAGGCCCUCCACCGUGCCAAGGUCCUGGCGGAUAACAGGGGCUCCCUGGUCUUCCACAAGGUCGACCUCCUCGACGCUGCUGCCAUGGAGCAUGUCUUCCAACUCUACACCUUCUCUGCCUGCAUCCACUUUGCCGGCCUCAAGGCCGUCGGCGAGUCUGCCCAAAUCCCUCUUGGCUACUAUCAGACCAAUGUCACCGGCUCCCUCAACCUCAUCCAGCUCCUCCAAAAGUACAACUGCAAGAACUUGAUCUUUUCCUCGUCCGCCACCGUCUACGGCCUCCCCACCUCCAAGGACCCCAUCAAUGAGGAUGCCCCCAUCGGAGCCUUGAACCCCUAUGGUCGCACCAAGCAGUACAUCGAAGAGAUUCUUGCCGACAUUGCCAUCAGCGAGCCCGACCAGUGGAACAUUAUCCUCCUCCGGUACUUCAACCCCGUCGGCGCACACGAGUCUGGCAAGAUUGGCGAGGACCCCAACGGUAUCCCCAACAACCUGAUGCCCUUUGUCGCUCAGGUCGCAAUUGGCCGUCGCCCAGUCAUCAGCGUCUUUGGUGACGACUACGACUCCCCAGACGGCACCGGAGUCCGCGACUUCAUUCACAUUGUUGACCUUGCCCGUGGACACGUUGCUGCGCUGAACAAGCUCGAGACAGCAAAGAACACCGGUAGAUUGUUAGGUUGUGUCGCCUAUAACUUGGGAUCGGGUAUUGGAUACUCCGUCAUGGACAUGAUCCACACGAUGUCCAAGGCUGUCGGAAGAUCGUUGCCAUACAAGGUCGUUGGCCGGAGGGCAGGCGAUGUUGGUACCGUGAUUGCAGAUCCUUCGCGGUCGUUCAAGGAACUUGGCUGGAAGGCAGAAAAGACCAUGCAGGACAUGUGCGACGAUCUCUGGCGUUGGCAGACCCAGAACCCCGAUGGAUACACCACCGCAGACGAGACCUCGGCCCCCACCACACCCACACCAGCACCUCACUCGGCCUUUGCCCUUCCUACCACACUCUUGCCCAUUGUCACCUCUGUGCCCAAGGUGCCACUCAAGUCGAUCUCGGUCGACACUGAUGCAUCUGUACCAUCAACAUCCCUGGCUUCGACUCGAUCACCCGCCAGUUCCCCUGCACCAGGAAUCAACACCAACCAUUUGUUCUAA